AUGUCGAAGCCGAUGAAGGCCCAGGGCGAGGCCCCGGACAUGAACCGCAUCCGCAUGACCCUGACGUCCAAGAACGUCAAGGCCGUGGAGAAGGCGUGCUCGGACCUCAUCCGCGGCACCAAGGACCGCGCCGGCGUCGACCGCGUCAAGGGCCCCGUGCGCAUGCCCACCAAGACGCUCCUCGUCGUCACGCGCAAGUCCCCCUGCGGCAACGGUACCAACACCUUCGACAGGUACGAGAUGCGUCUGCACAAGCGCCUCAUCGACCUCCACUGCACGAUGGACAUCUUCAACCAGAUCAUCGGCGGGUUCUCGUUCGAGCCGGGAGUCGACGUGGAGGUCACGCUGCAGGCCUAA